GUCAAAUAUGCCAAACUCUAUCUGAAUCUAUUGCUCAUUUUCAAAACAUUCAAGCGAUUUCGGGAGUGAUUCUAUUGUUCUUACCAAAUUUGGAUACAAAUGGGAUCACCAGAAUAUCCGGACGACUCAAUCGAUCUGCAGCCACCGUCUACGAAUUCACUGCCCAUGCACGGAAUGGAUGAGAAUAACAGUGACAGCGACGAUAUUGACUUGGACAAUGAUAGAAUUCCGUCUAUUGAUCCCUACGCAGGAUACCAGCAAUUGAAUUUAGAAGACCUUGCCGAUGAUAAUGAUGAUGACGAUGAGGAUGAGGACAACACCAAUGUCCAGGAGCCAGUUGUCGCUAAUCAAAAUCCAACUGCUGAUGCAGAAAUUGCGUGUCAAGUAUGGAAUGCUCCACGACCAAAUGAAUUAGACAUUAAAAUUGAUCCGACCAAAUGUGAUGAGAUAAGAUCGGUUAUGUCCAAGGUGACACUAGGAGGAGUCGAACCACCCGAAUGGGCGAAAAACAUUCCAGAGACUAAGUGGAUCGAAGAAUUGUUGCAAGAAGUGCGUAGAAAGUCCCAUUCCAUAAGUUCAAUAAGUCAACCAGAUCCCUCUGAGGGGCCGUCAUCAGCCAGCAAAUAAAUUUCUUAAUUAUUUAA